AUGGCUCUACAGUGUGUAAGCACCAUGACAGAAAUGGCGCUUCACGAAUCGAGUGGCCCUAGUGCGAUGAUAGAAGCACCAACAAACUCAAACUCUGAACCAACAGAGCUUAUCCAAAAGCCGAUGCAUAGUGUCUCAAUACCUGCUGGUGCUGACAACGAUGUCAGCAGCAGCGAAGACAACUUUGACACAAAAUCAUCCAUGUGUGCAUCGAUUAAUACCGCAGAGAGCACGCUUCCCAUGUAUUUCUCUGACUGUAGCUUUAACAGCAGUCAUUACGACCAUGGUUCGCCCAUGUCUCCCCUAGCAACAACUUCCAAGCUUGUGAAAACAGCACCAGAAACCCCUAAGACAGCUCAAAAACAAAAACAAGAAGAGCUUCUGGUCUCUCCUCACUCACCACAACGCAUGCUAUUAAAGUCAACUAAAUCACCAAAGACACCAUUGACACCCAAAACACCUGAAAAGCCUCUGUCCAAAGCACAGAGCAUUCGAGAACGGAGGAGAAUGAUGGAAGCUUGGCACACGGAGCAAAAGUCCAAAUCGGUCAUGUCCGUUGGCUCCUCCUCCGCAGCCAGCGUCAGCCCCUUUUCUCCAUCAUCAAAAAAUAAAAAGGUAACGCUUGGGACUCGCAAGAGUAGUAGUCUAUCAGCGGGUCAACGCAAGGGCACCAAAGAUGAAAUGGCUCGAUACCAACGCAUGGUGGUGCGGAUUGUGGACGCGGAAAAGCAAGCCCAAAACAGGAUACGACGACUCUCUCGUGGAAGGGAAAAGGAUGCUAGACAACGGACUUUGGCCAUGCGGGAACGAGCGGAACUCAAGCUAAGGCUGUCCCAAAUGGAAAAGGCCAGAGACUUUUACAAAGGGUUGAUGGCUGCGAAUACCAUUCAGGCGAUUCCCAUGGAGAUUCUCAAAACCAUCAAUGAUCUUCCAAAAUAUCAACCCAAACCUAAAAUGACACUGGCCGAAGAGUUGGAGACCUACGUCAAGACGAUGCAAAAGGAAGACCCCGAAGAAACUGGUUUCAUGUAUCAAGAAAUCCGUGACUGGAAGGACAGUGCGGAUCUCGCGUUGGAUGUCGGAACCACGGCACCCGAUUUUCGCCUCUACGAGUCUCACUCUGGCAAACAGGUCGAUUCUUUCCAACUACGUCAACAAUGGCGUAUCAUCUUGGUCUUUUAUCAUGACUACGAUAGUCCCAUGUGCAAGAUGAACUUGAUUGCUUUGGAAAAACUAAAGAAGACAUUUGAAGGAGAAGGAGCAAAGCUAGUUGCCAUUGGUUUUGAAGCGGAUACAACCGAUACCGUAGAGGAGACAGAGGUUACCUUUCCACUGCUAGCAGAUGAGGCUGGUAUUCUUGCGACACGAUUUGGGAUUAUCCGAGGGGAAGAAAUGCCUAUUCUUUCUACCUUUAUCAUUGACAAUGAUGGAUCCAUCUUGUGGAAAUACGUUAAUACGGACUACACCAAGCGUCCUGAACCAAUGGACAUUCUGGAAGCCCUUCCAGAAAAGAGAAGCAACAAGCGCAAGUCGAUUUUCCGAAAAGGAAUGUCGUUCAAGAAGAAGUAA